AUGGCACGCCUCCGUUCCAAGCCGACGACAAGCAACAUCUCGAUGCCAGCAUCUGGGACACGCAGCAUGGUCGCCACGCUGAGACUCCGGCCGCGCGUCAAGACAGCGCUUCGAUCGGGCGCAAACGAGCGCGCGACGCCCGCGCCCGCAGACGACGAUCCCGGAAGCGACGAGGGCAUUGAAGACGAUGAAUAUGAGGAGAACGCCGACAAGGUGGAGGAGCUCACCGGACUAGAGUAUGCGGGAGCCCCGUUCCCGCGCUUGGCGCGGAAGCUCGCAGCGUCAAAAUGGGAGCUAGACAAUGCGCGUUUCCUGCGCGAAUUUUCUCCUGGGAUGUGGCGGUCGCGCGAUUUCAUGCGGCAACUGGUGGAUUGGGCCGAGACGGGCACUUUCUCACUGGAAGACGCGCUGAAAGCCAUGGCUGAGACGCGUCGCCACCAGGCCAACGGUACGCGUCCUGCGCAGAAGGGCGGUGAUACGCGCCUGACCCGCAUCAAUCGCAAACGCCGCUGGACCCCGCAAUGCCUCACAAACGCUCUGGUUGAUCUGCAAGAAAAUGGCCUGGAGCUCGACUCAUUGCCACCACCGCCCAGAGAAGCCCGCCGCAAUUCCUCCGUAUCCAUUGAGGCUCCGCGUCGCGCGGCUGGCAAUUCCCUGUCCGACGACCUGUCGCUGCUCCAGCCGCACCUUUCGCCGCACGACACCGACAAGCUCGAUGAAGACGACACAUUCCAAUUUGUGACCAGUGAUGAGCCCGGCACGAUGGAUGCCACCAGCGGACACACCGAGGACGGCUAUGUGGGUGCACAGGAAGGUGAGGCGGUUGACUCGGCGCUGGGAGCAGAUUUGGUCAUGAAGGGAAGCGAAGUGACCAAUGGCAUGGCUUUGGAAGUAGAAGACGGCGCGGAUGAAGACGUGAUUAUGGUGGAUUCCGUGCCUUUGAACGGACGCGCCCAUUCGCACAGUGCCUCUCACCCUAAAACGACACCACCAACCGACGUUACCGGUGCCGCAUCCAGUCUGCUUCCAGGAGUCUGGGUGUCGGGUUCAGCGAUCGACUUCGUGCUCCGCAUCUUUGCAAACGACACCCAUCGUAUCGUCAGCAACACGUUUGUCGACAAUGCGUUCAACAACCCGAAGGCCCUCGAAGAAAAGAGUGAGCUACGCCUAAAGCCUGAGCAGCGCCAGAUCGUCCUCCCGCUCCACCUCAACACAGGCCACUGGACCAUGUCGUUCCUCGAACUGGAUAAGAACCGCGCCGUGUUUGCCGAUUCCCUUGCUUCCAGUUCCCAGAUACCUCAUAAUGUUGCUUCCGUACUCAAAGCUUUCGUCGAGUCCCUCGGCACAUCAUCUGCUUCGGAAUGGACCUACGAGCUAAGCACGAGUGCCAAGCAGUCCGACAAUGUCGAAUGCGGCGUACACGCGCUUGUAUUUGCCAUCCACCGCAUUGCCGGAGUCCCGCCGCCCACAAAGGUGAACGCACCGCUCUGGCGACUCGUCUUCAGGGCUGCGUUGUUGGCGUCUGGGCAGGCAGAUACCGAGCCCCAAUCGUGGGGAUCGCCUUUCGAGCUCGAGGAGGAAGGUUUACCGGCGGCUCUGCACCUGGACAUUUCGACGAGCUCGGAUCGUCAGCUGCACGACUGCGCCGUCACCCUGGAGAGUGGCGCUCGCCGCCUACUACAGAGAUUUCAAGAGCUGAAGGAGGGCCCCGACUCUCAGGUAGUCUCGAGCCUUCUUGAAACGUUCCUAAGGAGAGCCCACGACGAGCGGGACAUGGUUGAGGAGGUUAUCCGCGCGUUACAAGAGCAGAUAGCUUCCGCGAAUGAGUUCAAGAGAUGCAUGGAUCAGGAGGCGCUCAAAGUUGCGACGGAUCCAGCUAAGGGGUACUUGCUGCAUAAGUCCGAGUCUUUCGACAAAGAUGUUAGAAAUUUUGAAUCCCAGCUUUUAGUAGCCCGGAGCAAGCACGGCGACAUGUCUACUCGCAUCCGAGCAAUGGACGCGGCCGUCGAAGCAGCCAAUGCGGUAACAGAGAAGGGCGUUGAAUGGUUGAAGGCGCGUAUUACGGAGACGAAAGGCAAACUGCAGACGGUGUGGGAUGAAUUACAACGGCGCCAUGAACAAAUGAAAGAGGUACUGGAUUCUUUCGAGUGA